AUGUUUUCAAGUUUCUUUCUGGCAUUUAUCCUGUCAUUAAUUGGGCCAAGCUUAGCCCAAAAGAAAAUGUGUCCAAAAAUAUUUUUCCAGAACAUCGACGAGAAUGUUUUGCCAUGGGUCCAAGUGGAAGGAGUUUACGAGUUAUUCUCGAACAACGAUGGCUUUCCUGUCUAUCUUAAUCGUCCUUCGGGUCUCUUCUUCUACUACAGAGAUCUUACAUCGCAAGGAGAAAAGCUUCUCGCUUUUGGGCUCAAAGUCACAGAAACAUUUGGUGUUGUUGGUCGUCUCAGCAACGACUUUGAUCCGAAGACUUGGUUGUCGUCUGGCUUGCUAAAUGAGAAAGAUUUGUUCGGUGAUGUCGUGAAAGAGUGGUCGUACUAUUCACCACUCGAUAAGACAUUUAAAACUGUCUUAGGACCACCUUACAUCAAAGCUAUUUGUGUGGACGAUGAAUACUUUCGAUGCAAUUCAGGAAAAGUUUAUUUGAAUGACACCAUCACCGGAAAUCAAGCUGAAAUUCUUAACGAUCCUCGAACGGACUUUUUCGCCAAAGUUCCGAACGUUUAUGAGUCGAUCCGUUCCGUAUUCAAGCACAGCCGACAGGAAUGGUAUUUAUACUACCGGGAUGGCUACUGGAGGGUUAGCACCAGUUAUACUGGAUCUGGGACCGAUUUACUUCGUACGAAAGAUCUAGCACAUAGGCCAGAGUACGUGACAAACUAUUGGGAAAUUUGGACUACAAAGGGAUGGACUGCUGGAAGUGGAUUGAGAAUGAAAUGUCGAGGAAUCGUCAAUGGAGAAAACGAAUGUUAUGACAAGCCUUGUAAUGGCCAGGGUACUUGCGUUUACACCGCUGAUAAUGAGACAGUAUGUCUCUGUCAGGACUCCACGCACGGACCGAACUGUGAAAAUAAAGACGCAUGCUCCGACCCGGGAAUUCCAGCUAACUCAAUUGAGGUAGUUCACGCCGGAAAUCGUCCGGGAGACAUUUCCACUUCGUUUUGCGCGACAGGCUACCGAUCUUCGCCCGUGGAGUUUUUCGUUUGCGAGCAGGAUCAUGGAAGGAAGAACUGGUUGCUUGAGUCAAAGGCCACUUGUCAAGUUCCACCGCCUAUAACUUCUGGUCCGAUACCGCCUCAUACUUCAGUCCCCGCCCCAGGCCCUUUUCCAUACCCCACGGGAAAUCCAGAGAAUAUCCCAACCAGUAAAAAGCCUUUGGAUCAGUCUGAAGCGUUCAUGAUAUUUGUCAUUGCUUUUUUCGCUUGUCACGUUCUUUGUCCAACUUUCAUAUGGUUAGGCAUCAUGCUAGUCAAAAUCGUCCGUUUUUCUCAAAGGAGCCGACCAGGAUCCCCAGAGCGUUUAGAAGCUGUUCAAAACGCAAUGCAAAGUCGAUAUAUGUUAAUGAUGCAGGUGUAUUCCAUUUUCAUGAAUUUCACUUUCUGGGUGUGGCUUUGCGCAGUUUGCGCAUGUCUGGCAACAGGUGAUGGCAAAGCGCGCUCCUUUACGUUUUAUUGGGCUGCUGUCAUGUGCGGAGUCUGCGCAGUGUUCGUUACCUUAGAGGCUUUUUUCUCGAGUGAAAGAGCAGCGUUACAUAACAUGUUCUCCUGGGAAUACGUCAAGUCUCUUCAGCGCGAGCCUCCGUCAAUUGAGAUGGUGAUUGACAGGUAUGAAUGGAAACACCAACGUAUGGCUGUCUAUCGGACAAAUGUUUUAACAGGACGCCAAGAAUACCAAGGAUCAGAAGAUCGCUGGAGUAAGGUCGGGAGGAAGACUGUUCGCCAGCCAUUUGUUUACUCGUCUUGGUGUGAUGAGUCAAAUUUAGAGGUCUCUGAAAAUGGACGACUUUUUAGGCUUCGUGUUCACAUAGACAUUACACUUGACAGAACGGCUGCAGAAUCGUUUGAAGUUCAAAAGUCAGCCUUAAUUGAGAAAACACGUCAUUUGAAUCAUCAUUUUGAUUUCUCCCGUGUGGAUAGCGUAGCCAAUCACCAUCCGUACGUUGUGUUGUACCAUAAGAAGGAGUCCGUGCCCUUCUGGAUGAACGAGCAGUUCUUCUGGUGUUUUACAUUUCUUCAGUUGUCUUGGAUUUACAGAUGGCUCUUCGUCUCUCAAACAAGCUCUCUUCAAUUUACGCUGAGAAAGAAGGUGUUUUGCCAACCUGUUUUCUCGGAACAGACCGCAUUUAAACAGGUUUAUCCUGCUCAAACUGUACCUGGCGCACAUGAUGACAUCAUAUAGGACAUUGAGGCGGCUAACAAGCCCUUGCUCAGCAAUCAGCAAAACUCUACAAAUUAUCUUGCAGUUUAAUUGCAAUGGAAUAAUGAUAGAUACUAAAAGUGUAUGGGUAUCUUGACAGGAUAAAAAAAUUAUAGGAAGAGAGGAACUCGCAACUGAAUGUCGAAAAUAAUCCGCGAUUUCAUUAGUGUCACUUCACCUUUCAGCCCCAAGAGUGACGGGCAUCUAAUUUCCCCUUUCAGUAUCACGUUUGAUCAAAUGUAAUUUAAGAAACUCAUGAUUGUUAAACAAAUUCACCUGGUCGUUAACUCGGGAAAUGAAGAAAGAGAAUAUCGAUACUAAUGGUAGAGUGUAAAGAGUUAAUUUUGCUUUGUGAUUGACCUCACGAAGAAAAAAAAUUCUCACGCUCUCAACCAAUCAAAGGCGUAAUUGAAACCAAUAAGGACUUCGAGCCUUUCUUUUUCCCGCGCUUUAUUCCGUUUGAGAGGUUUUUUCCUUUGGGUUCUCAUAGGCUUACCUGAAGUGUAUUCCGUCCCUCUGAAUCCUUUGAUUGGCCCAUGAUUUACUACCUGCGCCUUACUAUUCCCAUGUAAUUGCAAAAUUUCUCGUGCAGUUUAGCCUCAAUUAUAAAGAUGACGGAGCUUUUAAAACGAGUUACGAAUCCGAACAUUACUCUUUCCCAUAUUUCGCGGUUUAUCCACGAGUUAAAACGGCAAUGGGUUAUGCGAGGAAAUAAUAUCAAGGCAAAAUUAUGGGGAAAAAGGGAUUGAAUGAAAAAUCAAGAUCGAAAGAUUGAUGGGUGGGCUAAGAAUAGCUGCGUAUGAGUGAGUUAGUGGAAGGAAGUUUCAAAAAAUACAAUAAGAUCAUUUCAUGUCCACUUGAAAUAAUUUUUAUAUUCAAACAUGACCCGUGAAUGAAAAGCUGAAUUAAAUGUGAUUCGUGAACCAUAUUGUUUUCUGUGAUGAAUUUCCGGCUAUUUGAAAAUGUGUACGUAUUGUGCUCACACGGCUGUGGUUAGGUUUUGAUUAGGGAUUUGACUGUAUAUGGACUUCAAAUGGAUCAAUUGAAAUCAUAAAACAGACCACGAGUGGUUCUUUUAAAAAAUAGGGUAAGACAUUACGUCCUAUUUUGUCGCUUAAGUCUGAUCAAGACCAGAAAAGUACCAAAUUCGUGAAUUUGGUUUUCUAUUUUCAUGUGAAACAUGAUCGUUUUGAAUUUCGCGUGAACGUGAAAUAAUUUUGGAUAUUCUUCGUGAUGCGUGAAAAGGCCAAUUUUUCUUACGUGACUGAGUUUUACGAAGUGAGAAGGUAACUUCAAUUGUUCGAAUAUUAAGUCUCUCUUUCAUUUGAUUUGGGUAACUGAAUACCUUGAAUUUAUCAACGAAUAAAGUUAAUUCAACGUCGUGUGUUAUAUUUGUGUCAAAAAUACUUGUCAUUGAAACUAUCAGACUUAGGAUAUGGAAACACGGAACGGAUGAGAGUGAAUUUUUAAUUAAACAUUUCUUCCGGCAGUCAACUUACGCAAUAACUUACGCAAUAUUCUGAUAGGUUGUUAACCUACCAAAAUAGUACUGUCUACCUUGAGUGAAAAUCAUAUUACUCUGUACAGGAUCGCCGCUCAGAGCACUUUUUAAAACUGCAACCACUUAACAGAGUGUAUGAAACGUUAAACGAGCAAAAAUUCGCCGGCGACUCUGUACAGUUGACUGCAAGCAAGUCACGUUCGUGUAUUUCGGUGACGUGCAAAAGAGGUAAGAUCGAGUUAUUCUCUUUUUUGGGCGCAUGAAGUGAUUUCUUCGUUUCAGUUAAUAAAGGUAAUUUAGCGGAACCCUUCGGAAACAAGCAGAAAAAAUAUCUAACUUUGUUACACCUUGUUUUACCUAUGGAUAAAGCAACACAUUUGUCUUUCGAUUAGACGUAUGUUUGCGGAUAUAAGCGAGUACUUUACGAAGAAUGUGACACUUUCGGCAAAAAAAAAUCGCCGAAUGUGCAUUAUGAAAAAUUACCCGUAUAUAGAUCCAAGUGAUUCCAGAGUCCUAAAUUAUGGGCAACUUUAAUCCUGUUAUCCCAAUUUUUCAUGCAUUGUACCAUGUUUUGCCAAAUUAUCACUUGAAACAGGAAAAAAUAAUUUUAUUUACAAUUUUCAAGCGCAGGUUGUUGUUAUUACAAUGUUUAGCCGAUAAAGAGUUCCUCAUGAAACCACGAACGAUCAAUAAAUAGAAAGUUUCACGAUUGUAUUGAUCACGCAGACUAUGAAUAAUCUCUCCUUUUCGGCGAAUUCUGUCGCGCGAGUCGAACAAAUCCAGCGAAACAAGAGCGUUAUGGCUCCUAAAAUGUUAGCGCGUCGCGCAAAAACUCUAGGAGUACGGCGCACAAAAAGUUUGUUUUUUCGCUGAUUUUUUUUUUUUUAACUUGUGAGCGGAUUUUGCCGAAAAGAUGGGACAGCUCAUCGUCUAUGGAUCUCGGGUGACUCAACGUUGUCGCUGUUUACCUGUGAAGAACUGAGAUUAUCUGGACAGCGAUCAAUAUCAUCCAUCAUGUCUCUUUAGUUAGCUACCUUUAUUUAGUCGAGGGCACAGUUUAAACGUCGAACUGCGCACAGAAUUAAUCAUUGAGAGAAUUAGAUUUAUGUUAAGUUUAACAUUUGAAUUAGUUGAGUUCGUCCAACUGAAUUUGGAUCGACCCACACGUUCUGUCUGUCUGCCUAGAUCGGAUGGAACGUGUGAAGACAAACGUCCACCUUUUGAUAGAUGCUUUAUCAGUGGUUGAACUUUACCCGUUUGAGUCGUACAAAAUUGCAAUUUAGGUUGUCUCAUGUGAAGUUCAACGUUUCAACUGGGCCUCAGAACGUAAGUCAGAGUGAGGAAGGUGAAAACUAAUUAGUUCAAUAGACGGACACAAAUUUGCCUCCUCAGACCAUGAAUUCCACAAUCAAUUUUGACGAAUACCCCAGUGUGAUGCCACUGGUCAUUAGCUUGGCUGUCUGUUUGCAAAUAUUGGUGCCGUGUUUGCUCGGCUGCUAUACUGGCUACGUCAGUUUAAUCAGAUCGGGAAGCGAUUUCGAAAGGCCGCUGGACUACUACGAACAGCUCAGAAAGAAAGAGAGGCAACAGUUUGAGGAGGAUCAGGAGAAACGACUACAGAAAGCUGCCUCUGCAAAAAAUCAAGAGGACCUCGAUCAAGCCGUCCAAGAAUAUCAACAAGCCGUCCUAGAUUAUGAGGAGAAAAUCGUAGGGGAAGAAAAAAAAUCCGAAGGAACUCGUCACAUUUGUCCGUGCGCAGGGCUUGUUUCUAUGUUCAUGUCUUUCUCUUUCUAUCUGUGGCUUUUUUUCCUUGUUGGUUGUGAGAUGACUCAUUGCACCACCUACGGUUCAGUGUUUUACGUCAUGAAAAUCUUUGCCUCGGUGAUGGUUGGCGUCUGUGCCGUGAUCGUCCUGCUAGAGAGCUUCUAUUCCGAAGAGCUGCAUUACCUUAAAAACAUCGUAGAAGAUGACACAGCUUUGGAGUAUAUCCAACGCCUGCGAGAAGUCCCCCCGAGGAUAAACAUUGCUGUGGAGUGUUAUCAUCGCGAAGAGCGAAAUAGAACGGUCCACCGCAGGGACCUUAAACGAAACCGAGUAGCUCAUACAGAGACCUAUACUGUGAAAGUAGUGACACAACUGGCAUGUGAAGAGUUCAUAAUCGGGUCAUGGGUGGACGUUUCCAAGAGAGACAGGCCACCCCUGAAGGGCGUGAAUCUGGUUCGCAUUAAGUGUUACCCAGAAAUCCUAUUCGGUGACCAAGAAACAGAAGAGGUUUGUGAGAGAAAGCUGAAAGAAAUGUCAGAGAAGAUGGAAGGAUUGGACGAGUAUACCUCUCGCUGGAAAUAUAUCGACUUGGCAUGUCUCGAUUUGACCUGGGGAAAGCGCAUCUCUGCCUACACCGAUAUGAAUGUGAAGCCAUUUUGGAUGAGUCCCGUAUUUUACUGGAUCGCCACACUGCUGCAAAUGAACUGGCCUUACCGCUUGCUGUUUAGAGCCAGAACAGCGGAGAUAAACCUGUUUAUCAUUAAAAAGAUGUACUGGAAUACAACACGACCAAGAGAGGUGGAAUUAAUGGAACCCAUGGACGACCUUUUAAAAAAGAAAUCACUCGAAGUAAACUCAAAAAGUUCAGACGUUGCCACAACGUCUGAGAUAAAAGAUAAUCCAUCAACAGGCAACCCAACCGACAGUCGAACUGGUGCUUCCGAACAAAGCAGUACAACGUCAUACUCUGACCCAAUUUCACGUGCAGAACCGCAUCCAAAUGUGCCUUUGUCGUCUUACAAGGACACACCCUGUGAUUACAAACCGCUUCUGGCAAAAAACGUGCGACUUCCUGUAAUAGCAGAUGAGGGGUUUUUAUUUCAAUUCGAAAGCUAUCUUUUAAAGGAAAUUCCAACUAAUGAGAUGAGGCAGGGGGAAGAGGACGGGCCUCCCUCAUCUUUCGUAUGUAGCAUGCCGAAAUGA